AACCACGCUCGCUUCAUUCCUUGUUUAUUUGUAGCCGAAUAGCAUUUGAUUUGAAAAUCUCACAGCACAAUCCAAAUGAAAGGAGAAUCGGUUAAAGAAAAUUGGAGGAGGAGAACGAAGAGCUUCGAGUUACCUUCUGUUUUACUCUUAUGCAUCUUCUUCUUUUUCGCUGGAUUCUAUGGUUUCAGAUUCUUCAACGACUCUAAGGAAAAUGAAUAUGGCUUAAGAGCCAAAUUGUUGCAGGCCGGAGAGUCCGGUGAUGAUUUCAUUACUUCCAUUCCUUUUCAGAUGUUGAGUUGGAGCCCACGCAUUCUAUAUUUUCCCAAUUUCGCAAGUGAGAAACAAUGUGAAAGCAUCAUUGAGACUGCAAAGGCAGGAGGGCUUAGACGAUCAAAUGUGGCCACAGAGUCGGGUAUAAGUGAUAUCAGAACAAGCUAUGGUACAUCUAUUAGUGCUUCUGAGGACAAAACAGGUGUUUUAGAUGCCAUUGAGGAGAAAAUAGCAAGAGCAACAAAACUUCCUAGGUCUCAUGGAGAGAAAUUUAGUAUUCUCCGGUAUAGGGUCGGACAAAAAUAUAAUCCUCAUUAUGACUCGUACUAUACUGCUGAAGAAGGUCCACAAGGGAGUCGAAGGGUAGUUUCAUUUUUGGUGUAUUUAACAGAUGUCUCGGAAGGUGGAGAGACCAAUUUUCCCUAUGAGAAUGGGUUGAACAUGGACCGUGGCUAUCAAUUUAAGGAUUGUGUUGGUUUGAAAAUAAAGCCACGAAAAGGAGAUGGGAUACUUUUUUAUUCCAUGUUCCCUAAUGGUACAAUGGAUCGGACAUCACUUCAUGGGAGCUGCCCUGUAAUUAAAGGGGAGAAGUGGGUAGCUACAAAGUGGGUAUGGAAUCAAUUACAUUAUGAUGAUUAUUGAUUAUAUAGUACAUGCAACUAAGAUUAAAUGUAUUACACAAGUUGAAAUACUCUCCAAAAGAAAUGGAAAAUUUCAUUGAGUGAGAUGUAAACCUAAAAAUCAAUAAAGGAUUCUUGUGAUGAAUUCAAAAGAAAGAUAUGUUUUAUGAAUGUAUAGAAAUAGAAACAAA